AUGUUUCCCCUGCCCUAAGUGCUUCAUGGUGAUUCUAAUAGAGUACCCAAUAGAAUCUGAGAGUAAUCUAGUCCUUAAGAGAAGAUUGUACACCCAAAAUGUCUGCCAGAUACUAUUCAGAGCUGUGGUGUGGUGGUGAAGUAGAACAACAAAUCCAUUGGGCAGGCAGGCUUUCAGGGUAUUAGACAAGGAGUUAAAAAAAAAGAAGGGUUUGUGCUGCUGUUUUACUGUGCUUUCUUUUAUCCGUCUGAUUUCUGCUGAGUCACACACAAGCACAUGUGGAAAAGCCUGUGGCACUCUGCCAUGCUCCUCCAGUCCAGAUGGCAACAUUACCUUUUUCUGUGUUCUCCAUUCCUUCCACAUGCUCACUGUCAUUUGAUGAACUAAGAAGAGAAGGAGGGAAACCCCUUGUACCCCCUCCUCAUCCCCUCAGUUGCCCCUCAGACUGCAUCUAUGACUUAAUAACCCUUAAGUAGUGACAGUGCUGCAAUCCUGUUGUAGAGCUGUGUCCCAGUGCUGACCCAGCUCAUCUACUCCUCCCAGAUUAGUGCAAAUUAUGAAUCCCUCUGCUCUGGUAGUCUAGGCUCUCAGUGACUGGUGCCAGCAGGCUUUGGUGUGCCUUUGCAGAGGGAAGCUGGGCUGCUAUAAUUUAUCAGAUGACACUGAUCGUUAUGAACUUUUGAAGGGAUAGUUAACCGAAAAAGGAAAAUGCUCUCAUUACUCAACACUAUGCAGAUGGAGGAGUGUGUGAAGUAUUUGAGUCAACACAAACACUUCAGGAGUUUCGGGGGGAAACUUUGUUACAGCAGAAUCAAAUAUGUUUAUAUAUUGUGUUUGAACCUGAAACUUCAAUAGUGUUUUGUGCAUUCAAACACAUCACCCACACCUCCAUCUGCAUAGUGGUGUUUCGAUAAUGAGUAAAUUUCAUUUUUCGGUGAACUAUCCCUGUAAAGCGUCAGAGAGGGCUUACUCACACAUUUGCUAACUUGUGUUUUCUUAUUGAGGUUGUCACUGACCUGAAUUAAUACUAAUAUCUGGGUAUUCUGUGUUGGGAAAUUUUUUAAUAAUCCUCUGGUUGAAAAUUGUUGUUGAUUUUCUACACCUCAUUUAAAAAAAAAAAAAAAGAAGCUUUUCAAAAGAUUGUCUGUUUAUUGUCCUGGUGAUGGAUGACAAACGAGGCUUGUCUGCUGUCAGCUUUGCAGCGAGGAGGAAGUCGAACUGUGUGAAGGAGGUGGAGAAACUGCAGGAGAAGAGAGAGAGGCGUCGGCUUCAGCAACAGGAGCUCAGGGAGAGAAGAGCUCAGGAGGUGGAUACGACCAUUCCUAACUAUGAGAUCAUGUACAUGAUCCGAGAUUUCCGAGCCAGUCUAGACUACCGGCCACUGACCACGUCAGAUUUGAUUGAAGAGCACAGAAUAUGUGUUUGUGUGAGGAAACGUCCACUCAACAAAAAAGAAUUGUCCAUGAAGGAUUUGGAUGUGAUCACCAUCCCCAGUAAGGAUGUGGUGAUGGUGCAUGAACCUAAACAAAAGGUGGACCUGACUCGCUACCUGGAAAACCAGACGUUCCGCUUUGACUUCGCUUUUGAUGAAAGCACCACCAACGAGAUGGUUUACAGGUUCACUGCCAGACCUCUAGUGGAGACCAUCUUUGAGAGAGGCAUGGCCACUUGCUUCGCCUACGGACAGACAGGCAGCGGAAAAACACACACUAUGGGUGGAGAUUUCUCUGGGAAGAACCAAGACUGCUCCAAAGGAAUUUAUGCGUUAGCUGCUCGGGAUGUAUUUCUCAUGUUGAAGAAACCCAACUACAAGAAAUUAGAUCUACAAGUGUAUGCAACCUUCUUUGAAAUCUACAGUGGAAAGGUGUUUGACCUGCUGAAUCGUAAAACUAAGCUGAGGGUGCUGGAGGAUGGCAAACAGCAGGUGCAGGUGUUGGGGCUUCAGGAGAAGGACGUGAAGUGCACAGAGGACGUCCUGAAACUGAUAGAAGUUGGAAACAGCUGCAGAACGUCAGGGCAGACGUCAGCCAACGCUCACUCAUCUCGCAGCCACGCCGUAUUCCAGAUAAUUCUUCGGAGGAAAGGCAAGAUGCACGGCAAGUUCUCCCUCAUCGACCUGGCAGGAAACGAGAGGGGCGCUGACACGUCGAGUGCUGACCGCCAGACGCGACUGGAGGGAGCUGAGAUUAACAAGAGCCUGCUGGCGCUGAAGGAGUGCAUCAGGGCUCUUGGCCUCAACAAGCCCCACACUCCAUUUAGAGCCAGUAAGCUGACCCAGGUCCUUAGAGACUCCUUCAUUGGGGAAAAUUCCCGCACAUGCAUGAUUGCAACAAUCUCUCCUGGUAUGACAUCCUGUGAAAAUACACUCAACACACUACGCUACGCCAACAGAGUGAAGGAGUUUGGGAUUAGUCCCUCGGACAUCCCCUUCUCCCAGGGCGGCCAGGGGAGCCGCUCUGACCUCUCGCCCACCAAUACCUUUGAGUACGAUGACUUUGCUGCUACCUCUCCCAGCAGAGUCAAGGAGCUGACUGUGGACACUAACCAAGUGAUGGAGGGUGGUCGACCCAACAUCCAUGCUGUCAAUCAGCUGGAUCUUUUAGAUGAGCAGUGGCUGAGUAUCUCGCCACAGAGAGACGACCUCAAACUGCUCUGUGAGCAGAAUGAGGAGGAGGUGUCUCCCCAGCUAUUUACCUUCCAUGAGGCCGUGUCUCAGGUAGUGGAGAUGGAGGAUCAGGUCCUUGAGGACCAUCGAGCUGUUUUCCAGGAGUCGAUCCGAUGGCUGGAGAAUGAAAAGGAGCUGCUGGAGAUGACAGAGGAGGUGGACUAUGACGUGGAGUCCUACGCCACUCAGCUGGAGCAGAUCCUAGACCAGAAAAUAGAAAUCCUCAUCGAGCUCCGAGAUAAAGUGAAGUCAUUCCGCUCUACUCUCCAGGAGGAGGAGCAGGCCAGUAAGCAGAUCAAUCCCAAGAGGCCACGUGCUCUUUAGUGACUGGAGGCCGAAGAGAUUUAAGUGGCACAUUCAGAAACGUAACCACUAGAUGUUCAGCACAACUCAGGCUGUCAAGAGCAGCCGUGAAACAACAUUAAAAAAGGACUGUCUGAUGUAUCAACAGGCUCAAGGAAUCUCAUUUGUCAUGAUCCCUCUCCUCUAACAGAACCGGCUCCUCACUCAAUAUGGUCUUGUAAGAAAACUCGGGAAGGAAAAUAGUUUUUCCCUCUUAUAGUAGAUUUUUUUUCAUGAAGAAUGUUUUAGUUUCCUCUCCUUCUUAAAUUAUUUUCUUUUAUACUUCUUUGUACUUUCUUUGAACAGAAUAUUUUUUGACCAUGCUAAAGAAGAGAUCCCCAUCAAUCGUGUUUUUAAGGUUUACCGCAAUAAACCAGUAUUUAAUUAGUGGUUGUCCCUUGCUGACAUGUUUGCAUGUGCACUCAGUGAUAGCGUUUGUACACCACUGUCCCAAGAUUUCAGGCUGUGACUCCUCAGUUGUAAAGACAUAUCUCAUAAGCGAUCUCUUCUUUCAUUUCCUCCCUGCUGCAGUGUCGGGCUUCUUCCUAUUUGUGUUUCCUUCCUUGUGACCCUGAGGUUUCUUUUACAUGUAGUAUGCUUCAGUUUGUGCCAUUUCAUUCUAUGUGGUAACUGACCUAAAAAAUUCUUACCUGAUGUAAAACAUGUUUUCCACCCCUGUUUAACACUUUGUUAUAAAACUUAACUAGAAAAACCUGCUAUUAAUAAAUGUAUAGAGACAUAGCAUUGGUUAUGUUGCUCAGUGCUUGCACCGGAUGUAAUGCUGGAUGAAGUAAUAAAAGAUUCCUGUCUUUCA